GUCCGUGCCCCGUGAGUUGGCGAACGUCACCGUACUUCUGACCCGACCCCUGCAGGCAGCAGCAGCAGCAGCCGCGGGAUGGGGUGGGUGUCGCCUCGCGGGGGCCACGCUCUCCCCUCCGCGACGAGCAGGUGGCCGUACUAAGGAGGGGAAGCCCCUGGGGUUCGAGGCCCAGCAUCCCGGAAACCCCGAGGGAAGAAGGAGGGCCCGGGAGGACCUGAUCGUUUCUCCCGAGUUGCUCAAGAGCUGCGGAGGCCGGGCCGGCUGGGACGGCCCCGGGCAUCCCCGCCCUCCCGCGCCGACCCCCGCCGAGUCCGAACCAAAAGCGAAAGGAGUCCGGCGCCGCGAGGAGGUCGCCGCGCGCCUCCAAGCCCUCGGGGGCCGCCGUUUUGUGACUUCACCGGUUUCGCAACAAGCCCAGGCCGCCCGCGCCCCACCCACCCCCGGCCGGCCGCCUCGCCGCCCGCCGCCUCGCUGGGCUCUCCGCGCCUUCCUCCGUCCGAGGCCGGGCCUGCCCCGCCGUCGCGGAGCCUCCCGUCCGGCAGCCGCCUGCGGGCCAGCACGUGCGCGACUCCCGCGCCCCGCGCCCCGCGCCGCGCCCCUCUGGGCGCAGCGCCCUCCCGGCGGCGGCGCUAUGCUGUGCUUCCUGAGGGGAAUGGCCUUCGUGCCCUUUCUUCUGGUGACCUGGUCGUCCGCCGCCUUCAUCAUCUCCUACGUGGUCGCGGUGCUCUCGGGGCACGUCAACCCCUUCCUACCCUACAUCAGUGAUACAGGAACAACACCUCCAGAAAGUGGUAUUUUUGGAUUUAUGAUAAACUUCUCUGCAUUUCUUGGUGCAGCCACAAUGUACACAAGAUACAAAAUAGUAGAGAAGCAAAAUCAAACCAGCUAUUUCAGCACGCCUGUUUUUAACCUGGUGUCGCUAGUUCUUGGAUUGGUGGGAUGUAUUGGAAUGGGCAUUGUAGCCAAUUUCCAGGAGUUAGCUGUCCCCCUGGUCCAUGACGGCGGUGCCCUUUUGGCUUUUGUCUGUGGUGUGGUCUACACACUCCUGCAGUCCGUCAUCUCUUACAAAUCGUGUCCCCAGUGGAACAGCCUCUCCACGUGCCACAUGCGGAUGGCCAUCUCUGCCGUUUCCUGCGCAGCUGUGGUCCCCAUGAUCGCCUGUGCUUCACUAAUUUCUAUAACCAAGCUGGAAUGGAAUCCAAAAGAAAAGGAUUAUAUAUAUCACGUAGUGAGUGCAAUCUGUGAAUGGACAGUGGCCUUUGGUUUUAUUUUCUACUUCCUAACAUUCAUCCACGAUUUCCAGAGCGUCACCCUAAGGAUAUCCACAGAAAUCAAUGAUGAUAUUUGAAGAAAGAAGAAUUAUAUGUCACUCAGUGAAAGUCGCAGGCAAUUUCUGGAAGUGGUACAGAGGAGGGUCUUAAUGCUGCCCUGUGUGGAACGCAUCUGCAGUACAUCCGGGACUUGAAUUUCAUUAAGAAUUCCCAAUAGUUGUACUAUUUCCAAAGGUAUGUUUUCAUAGUGAGUGUAGAGCAUUUGUGACAUCGUAGCAAUGUUUUUAUAAUUUUCUAAGUAGACACUUUUUUGUAUUAACAAAUUCAUUACAGAGAAGAUAAGGUGUUACAGAAAAUGGACAGCUCUUGUUUUUGCACAGAUUCUGUUUUGUUUUCUUUGUGUGUGAUUGGUGCGAAUACACUAAAUAAGGAAUUCACUAAGAAGUAAAAUCAGGGCAUAUUCAUUUAAAAUUUUUAUUUUUAGAGCAUGAACUGUCUAAUUUUAUAUCACGAGAACACUUACAAAAUUUGAUUUAUAAUGAUCGCAAUGAUUUAGUUAACAAAUUAACACUAUCAAGGAUACUCUGAUUUUUAUGUGAACUAAGCAAAAUGCUUCUGCUGAAAGGCCUUACUAUCUCUAUGCACAUUAACUCUAAGUGAACACAGAAGACCUCAGGUUUUAAAUUCCGCCCCCCACGGGCCUCCCUGCCCACAGAGCCACAGUGUUUACCCUUGCUGCUGACUGGCAUGCCAUAGUGGGCCUAAUUCCAGGUGGGAUGAAUUCAGCAAGGCAGAUUAGAAAAACCUUAGAACAACCAGAAAACGGAAACAAGCACCUGACAAGAAAGCCUCGUUGGAUUCUGGAUCAUUGUCCUUGCUGGAUGAGCAAGGAUGGAAGGUAUCUCAGGGACCGUUUGUGGAAGAGAUGGAUUGUGGGAAGACCUCUGGUUAAUACGAACCCUCCACAAAAGCCAAGCUGUGAAAAGCAUUAAAAAGACCAUUUGUAAAGACACCUUUGUUGUAACUGGCAUAAAUUGAUAUAUAGUCUGACUCAGAAGCUGAAACUCACAUCUCGAAUUUAUUUCAUGGCAGUAAACCUGUGGAAGAGCAUGUAGGUCUGAGAGAGGAGAGGGGAGAAGGUAGAGGGUGCAGUUUAUUUGAUCCUUCUUUUUAUGCCUGUAGCUGGAUGUUUGCAUACCUCACGAAAUGUGAACCUGGUCCUUUGUUAAGACCUACACGACCUACACGCUCUACCGUCUCACCCAGAUCACAAAUGACAAAUGAAAAGCAAAUCAUUCCAGAACAAGAAGCGGGCCUUGACAUGUUAAGGCUUAGGUUUGAAAACUGAAGAGAAGGCCUUCCUUCAAAGACCCUCCAGACCACAAACCUCCAUCUGGCCAAGUGGGUCCAGACCUUGAGUUCAUUUGCCAGGGCCAGAGCUUGGACAGCCUGGGAGGGAAUCCAGGAGUGGUGAACACAUCAUGGCUCUUCAAUAAAGAUUUACCGAGUGAAUGAAGCAGUCGGCCACCUCAGCAACAACAAACUGUGUUGCCUGUAUUCAGCAGUGAGAACCUGAUAACCAUGUCUGAGUCUGUUACAACUUGUCGUGAUGCUGUGGGUCCCCAUAGUAACACUGGAACUGAAAGACUGACUGAAGCUCUGGCAAGCAUUCAUUAUCUUGAAGAUGGCGGGAAAAUGUCACAUUCCUGUGCCGUGAAACCUGUAGGAGAAUGAGUCCUCAGCUGGGACUCACUUUGAACAGAUUUUUCUUAUCUGCACUUCUCAUGAUGCAUUAUUAUUCUUCAUGUCCGUAUCUCUCCGUGAGAUAGAUUGGCAGAGUAUGUGCCUUGAUCUUUAUCUUUGUAAAUCAGGCGUUUACCAGGAUGCCUCCUGGUACACAGCAGGUGCUCAAUAAAUACUCAUGAAUGCAUGAAUGAAUGAGUGAACAAGUGAAGGAAUGACUAGGGGUAUUUGUAGUGCUGCAUAGUGAGAUUUACACUGGUUUACUAGUUAAGUGAUAAACAAAUGGUCUGUAUCACUCAGUAAUGUUGACUGUUUUGCUUUGGGUACUGUAAACAUUUCAGUUGUUUGGGCUUCACGACCCUAUGCCAACUCUCUUCAACCUGGACAGUUACCACCAAAAUUGUUACAUGGGAUAGACAGAACGGUACACCUGGCUUGCCAAACUGAGAACGCCAAAAAUUACUCCAGACAAUCACAUUCUGCUGGUUCCCUGAAACCCCUAAAGCUGGUCUCAUCCACAUUUAUGGUAUUAUUUCUAAUUUCCAUGACUUUGCAUUUCCUUGGCCCUCUUGGCUAAAAGAGUAGAAUAAAAUGAAAUAUUUCUUUAUUUUA